CUUGUCAGAAUACCCCCAGUUACGGCGGCUGCCGGGGAGGGGGAAUUGUGCGGCCCUAGGUCGCGGUUUCCCCAGUGGUCGUGGCCUCCGGGCGGGCUCGUUUCAUCCAGCCCCUGCUGCGAUGCAUCCGCGGCGCCCGGAUGGAUUCGAUGGCUUGGGCUACCGGGGUGGUGCCCGGGACGAGCAGGGUUUUGGUGGCGCUUUCCCCGCCAGGUCCUUCAGCUCCGGGUCGGACCUGGGCCACUGGGUGACUACUCCCCCAGACAUCCCCGGCAGCCGCAACCUGCACUGGGGAGAGAAAAGCCCGCCCUAUGGUGUGCCCUCCGCCUCCACUCCGCACGAGGGCCCCGCGGAGGAACCCUUUCCCGGCGGCGGCGGUGCCGGCUUGCAGGCGCAAAGCACUGAACAGUUGAAUAGAUUUGCUGGAUUUGGUAUUGGACUUGCAAGUCUCUUUACAGAAAAUGUACUGGCCCAUCCUUGCAUUGUUCUGCGCCGCCAAUGUCAGGUUAAUUACCAUGCACGGCAUUAUCAUCUCACUCCAUUUACAAUCAUCAACAUUAUGUACAGCUUCAAUAAAACUCAGGGACCAAGAGCCCUAUGGAAAGGAAUGGGAAGUACAUUUAUCGUACAGGGAGUCACACUUGGAGCAGAAGGCAUAAUUAGUGAAUUUACACCUUUGCCAAGGGAGAUUUCACAUAAAUGGAAUCCUAAACAAAUAGGUGAACACCUUCUACUGAAAUCCUUAACUUAUAUGGUGGCAAUGCCUUUUUAUUCAGCAAGUUUAAUUGAAACCGUACAGAGUGAGAUAAUUCGAGAUAAUACUGGGAUUUUGGAAUGUGUUAAAGAAGGAAUUGGAAGAGUGAUAGGUUUGGGAGUGCCUCAUAGCAAACGACUCCUUCCGCUUCUUUCCCUGGUCUUCCCUACGGUGCUGCAUGGAGUUCUUCAUUACAUCAUCAGCUCCAUCAUUCAGAAGUUUGUCCUGCUAAUUCUAAAGAGAAAGACUUACAAUGACCACCUAGCUGAGAGCACUAGCCCUGUGCAGAGUAUGUUGGAUGCUUAUUUUCCAGAACUUAUUGCUAAUUUUGCUGCCAGUCUUUGCUCUGACGUUAUACUUUACCCAUUGGAAACAGUUUUGCACCGCCUUCACAUUCAAGGAACACGCACGAUAAUUGACAAUACAGACCUUGGCUAUGAAGUGCUUCCAAUUAAUACACAGUAUGAGGGAAUGAGAGACUGUAUCAAUACCAUAAAGCAAGAGGAAGGAAUGCUUGGCUUUUAUAAGGGGUUUGGUGCUGUUAUAAUACAGUACACACUGCAUGCAGCUGUCUUACAGAUUACCAAAAUUAUUUAUGCAACACUUCUUCAAAAUAGCAUUUGAGAUUUAAGUUCUAUCACUGGUUAGUCCAAAAGACACAAUCUGGAUAAUUUGCUAUAAAAUUAUGAGGGAUAAAAGUGAAAUACUGGGGAUUAAAUGGACUGGAAAAUGAAACUGGUAGAAAAAGCCCAUGUUGAUUAUAAUGACACUUUGGGUUUUUGUUUGUUUUGUUUUGUUUUAAGGCAUAGGUAUAUAUUUUGGAUCAAAACUAUUGAAACUUGAAAACAAUAAAAAUAACACUUGUAAGAAUUAAAUUUUAGUUGGUUUAACACUCAUGCUGAAGUAAAAAUGAUACUGGGCAAAAGCAAAACUUUAUCUUCAAAUGUAAAGUGAAAUUUUAUUGAGUCGGAUCUAUUGUAUCUGACCUUAAUAUUUGAUACAGGUUUAUUUUCCUUCUAGAUUGAUAUUGGAAUAUUAUUCUAAUAUAGUGUAUAAUAUCAGAAGGUUGUACCUUUAAAUAAAUUAUGUCAUCAUUGAACAAGACUAAAGAUUAGAUUUGGCAAUCUGUAAGCAGGAGUUUUGAAGGGUUUUAAAUCAUAUUUUCCCUAUGUAACUAUUUUAGUGGCUGUGUAUAAUAUAUAAAGCCACUUCCGUACACACAUAGAACUUGGAAUUUCCUUCAUCCCUACAAAAUUUUCUACUUGUAAAUCAGCUUAUUGCAUAAAAUGAAAUUACACACUUUCUGCUUUAAUAUCAGAGUAAAAACAUCAAAGCCAAGGUACCCAGAAGAUUUUAAUCAAACGUAGCACAUUCGUCCACUUCCAAACCCAGUGUUUCAGUGCCAGCAACUUAAAACUCAUCAUAUGUUUAUAAAGUUUGGUUUGCUUGGAUAGUUUUGUGAAUCAUCAGGCUAUUUUUAGGGCAACUCCUAAAUAAUCAUGACAACUAUUGCUCCUUCCAUAUUUACAAAUUGUAUACUCAAAAGGAACCUCAUCACUUUCAUUUCUGAAUGAUUUAUCUUAAGGAAACAAAAUUAAAAUUUACCUGGGAAUUUGUGCCUCCUACCUACCAUAUAGUCAUCAUUAAUUAAUGAUAUCAAUUUUUAUCUUUCAGUUUUAAUUAAAGUUUCAUUCUCCAAACAAUAUAUUUAAAGAAAAAAGUGAGAUACCUUUAUCCCUUUUUAUUUAAACUUGUUUGGAUCAAUACUGAAGAAAAAAAUACAAACUUAAAGGAAAUUUGUCCUUGUGUUUUAUUUUACAUGUCAACAAAUAAGUAACAGAAAAAAAUCGUUAAUCAGUUUAAUUUUUAUAAGUUCAUUCCUAAAUUUAACUGGUGGAUUAGACUCUGUAUAAUAAAAGGCUAUGCACUUGACUGCUUUAUUAAGCAUUUUAAAGUUUCAUUUCUAAACAAGAAUGGUCACAUUUUUUUCUAUGAACCAGUUAGCACUCUGAAGUGCAGUGACUUUGGAUGUUGUCCAACCUAGAUUGUAUACCAACAGAUUCAUGUUAUUAAAUGUCAGAUGGUUAUGAAUAAUUUUGGAACACACCAAAAAAAAAACAUAUUUAGGUAUGUGAAACAGUGUAUAAAUAGCAGUUCUCUUUUCUCUUGUGGAUGUGUUUACUGAAAUGACAUUGUUUUCCAUUUCUAAAUUCACCUGAGAGAGAAAGUAAGCACCAUUGGUCAUAUUUUGUAUCUUAUGUUUAAUCUUAGUUCAUGGCUUAACUUUAUCCAACCCAUGGGAUUUAAAUUGUUUUUAUUGAUUUUUGAACUGCUAAAUAAUGUUUUAGAUAUUUAUAAUAUAUUCAGCUUCCUGAAAACCUCUCAUUUUAUUAAAAUCAGUGGUUUCAAAGAAGAAUAAACCAGAAAAUUUCAAUUUUCAGAAAUUUUCUAGGACAGAAUCUAAUUGGAAUCAAGUAUUACUAGUGAUAAUCUGUGGAAUCCUUCAUCUAACUCAAAAUCAGGUACUUCAAGAUUUAUUAAUGUUAGCAUGAUUAUGCAGUUAUAUGCAUUUAUUUCAUUAUGGAGUCAUGGCUAAUAACUGAACUACACACAGGUCUUUUCUCUUUGAAGAAAGAUUGCAAAUUAAUAUGAAAACUAAAAUUGAAAAGUGUUAAGUAAAAUAUUAGUUAUUUUUUACUAUCUUUCCAAAUUAGUUGAAAUGUAAUCUUUAAAAACCAGUUUGCCAGGCAUGGUGGUACACACCUAUAAUCCCAGUUUCCUCAGGAGGCUGAGGCAGGAGACUUGCAAAUUCCAGGCCAGCCUGGGAAACAAUGAGACCUUGUCUUAAAAUGAAAAAUAAAAAGGACUAGGGAUGUAGUUCAGUGGUAGAGUAUCCGUGGGUUUAAUCCCCAAUACCACCAAAAAAAAAAAAAGAAGAAAAAAUCAAGCACUUAAUUGGUCAAGUGUUUUUCAAUGAAUUUAGAAAAGAUUAAGAUAACUGUCAGAUAAACACUACCCCUUUUUUUUAAUUUGCUAUUUUCAAUAUUGGUGCCAAAAUCUAAUAUCCAUAGGGCACAUUUCUUAAUAGGUCAAAUAAUGCUGUUAAAUUCAAUAUGACUAAUAGCAUCAUAGGUAGGAUUUUAUUAAGUAUUCUGCAAGCCCAAUGGUCCUCUUAUUAUAAACCAGAUUUUGGCCAUGGAGCUUGUGAUAUGCUUGCCUUGCAUUGCAGGAUUUCUUAAUUUGAGUAAAAUAUACCGAAAGUGGUAAAAUUAAAAACUGGUAAAGAUUAACCCAUUUUGUGAAUUUAUGAAUUUAUUUACUAAAUUGUGUAUGAUAGACUUUCUUGAGAUAGCCUUCUCAAUUUUACAGGCCCUUAAGAAAAUUCUAAAUUAAUGAAGUUGUUUAUUCAAGCCUCCAGACUCUGGGCACUGAAAUUUUAAAAUAGUAAAAGCAAGCUAAUUUGCAAAGGGUUAUGGUUUGGAGUAUUAGAAACUUUAGCCAGUUCUUUUAGAAACAAAACUGGACGGGUAAGAGAUUCUGCUCACUUGUGCAGAUGUGUCUGACUGUUCACAACUCUUUUCAGCACUGACUUAGUUGUAACUGCACAAAGCAUUCACUUUAUUCAUUGGGCACAAAUAUUUAAAUAUUUCUAUCCAAUUAUAUCUGUUCAGAAAAUAAAGAAGAUGCUGAUUUGAUAUUUGUUUUGUCAACUGUGAUUGUGGAGAAUGUUUUUCCUCAGUUUUCUUACAGAUCUUAUGGAGCGGAAAAGACUGACAGCUGUUGAAAAGUUAUCCAGAUUUGGAUUUAUUUUCAAAACUUAUAUAAGCAAAUAAAAUUCCUUGCACUAGAAUUGGAAUAAUGUUUAAUGUUGACAUCUCUGCUUUCUCUUUCGAGUAGUUGUACAUAAUCUCACUCGCUCUCCUCCCACCCAAUAUAAAUUGAAUGUAAUGUGUAAUGUCUUACUUUGGAGCCUUUGAGUAUCAUUGAUACAGUAAUAAGUUGUGUAGCAGUGUAAUAAAAACUUGUAAUUUGACAGUGAA